AUGGGAAAACAGGGGGGUGAGGAGGAGUGCAGAGCAAGGGAACAACGAGUGCAGAGCAAGGGAACGACGAGUGCAGAGCAAGGGAACGACGAGUGCAGAGCAAGGGAACGACGAGUGCAGAGCAAGAGCAUAGGAGAAGGGGGCCAGGAGAGUGAGAGCAUAGGAGAAAGGGGCCAGGAGAGUGAGAGCAUAGGAGAAGGGGGCCAGGAGAGUGAGAGCAUAGGAGAAGGGGGCCAGGAGAGUGAGAGCAUAGGAGAAGGGGGCCAGGAGAGUGAGAGCAUAGGAGAAGGGGGCCAGGAGAGUGAGAGCAUAGGAGAAGGGGGCCAGGAGAGUGAGAGCAUAGGAGAAGGGGGCCAGGAGAGUGAGAGCAUAGGAGAAGGGGGCCAGGAGAGUGGGGACCGUUGUCUCACCUCGUGCCUCACUGGCUUCGCCUUAGCCUCGCCGCACCGUUGCCCAGCUGCGCCCGUCACUCAUAGGGGCUGGCGGAGGGCGGAACGAGGAGGAGGGCGGAACGAGGAGGAAGGGCGCAACGAGGAGGAAGGGCGCAACGAGGAGGAAGGGCGCAACAAGGAGGAAGGGCGCAACGAGGGGGAGGGCGGAACGAGGAGAAAGGGCGGAGGAACGAACAAGGGCAGAAUGACGGAAGUGGAACGAGCAAGGCAAGGAGGAGGAGGAGGACGACGACGACGAGGAGGAGGAGCAGGGGCGGACGAGGAGGAGGGCGACGACGAGGACGACAAGGAGGAUGAGGACGAGGACGAGGAGGACGUGGAGGACGAGGACGAGGACGAUGACGAGGAGGAGGAGGAGGAGGAGGAGGAGGAGGAGGAGGAGGAGGAGGAGGAGGAGGAGGAGGAGGAGGAGGAGGAGGAGGAGGAGGAGGAGCAGGAGGCGGGGGAGCAGGAGGAGCAAGAGGAGGAGGAGGAGGAGGAGGAGGAGGAGGAGGAGGAGGAGGAGGAGGAGGAGGAGGAGGAGCAGGAGGAGCAAGAGGAGGAGGAGGAGGAGGAGGAGGAGGAGGAGGAGGAGGAGGAGGAGGAGGAGGAGGAGGAGGAGGAGGAGGAGGAAAAGGAGGAGGAGGAGGAACAGGAGGAGGAGGAGGAACAGGAGGAGGAGGAGGAGGAGGAGGAGGAGGAGGAGGAGGAGGAGGAGGAGGAGGAGGAGGAGGAGGAGGAAACACAAGCACAAGCAGCAAACAGUAACAACAGAAAAUGCUCAGCAGUGGUAGGAAACACCAACAUGAGUAUAGGCGGGGGAGGAGGAGGAGGAGGAGGAGGAGGAGGAGGAGGAGGAGGAGGAGGAGGAGGAGGAGGAGGAGGAGGAGGAGGAGGAGGAGGAGGAGGAUGA